UGAAGCGAGAGUGUUUUUCUACGUCGACGCUUCCAGGGUGGCAUAGAAAGAGGGACGUCUGCAGGCUCUUAUGGCUUAACAGGAACAUAGAGUACAUACAUCCAUGUUUUUGUGUGUUAAUGUGUAUAUGUGUGUGUGUGUUUGUGUGUGUGUGUGUGUUUUGUAAAUCUAGCAAGGUUUGCUCCGCGUUGACGGCGCCGCUCGUCACACAUCUGUCGCCGCUGGAAUCCUGUUUUCAGCACCUGGACAGCUCCCGGUCGUGAACCUCUUCUUAUUAUCGGGCACAUGGAGUCCCUGGUGUGAUUGUGGGGGAAGCCCCUGCAAGCACAUUAUGCAUCCCUCCGAAGAUGUCGUUAUCUCCCUGACUCAGUGACAGCCUCGUCGUCUCCGCUGAAGGAUGGUGCUUUCAGUCCGGAGUAGGCGUUUUCGUCGUGCGCUGUCUUCUGAGAGGCGAUACGGGUGCUUGGCCAACGCGAAUUUAAGGGGAAUCGCAGCCUACACACAGCAAGAUCCCAGCUUCCCUCACACUGAUCAUCAUCAUCACCAUCAUCACCAUCAUCAUCAUCAUCAUCGGCGAGGAGGGAGAUAUAACUAUCAUCUCUGCGAGGGCAAAGGAGUCACGACCACACUUUACACAAUGUAGAACAAGAAAACACAAGAGGUGUGGUAGGAGCCAGGUCUCUGCAGUGGUGAAAUCACAUUUCACACUUGGGGUCAUUUAUUGUGGACGUCUAUUUGCAGCAACAAGACCUCAACAUGAGCAAUCCCCAGGCUCCUCCCCAGGCUGGAGCCUCAGAGCUGGAGGUGAUCUCCCAGCAGGUGGAGGAGGACAACCAGUGCGUGGCCCCUGUCCAACUGGUCAGCUUCGCCUACAGAGACUUGCCUUUGGCCGCCCUGGACAUAUCCCUCGCUGGAUCCCAGCUCAUCUCGAACCCAGAUGAAGAGGACAACAGAGAGGGGUCGAACUGGCUGAAGCCGUGCUGUGGAAGAAGGGCAGCGCUGUGGCAAGUCUGUCUGCUGUCGGCAGGCUUCAACUGUUUCCUGGUGGCCUGCGUCAUCCUGGUGGUGCUGCUGCUGACGCUGGAGCUGCUCAUAGACAUCAAGCUGUUGCAGUUUAAUAAUGCAUUCCAGUUUGCCAGCAUCAUCCACUGGAUCAGCCUGGCCAUCCUCUCCGUGUUCUUCACCGAGACGGUGUUCAGGAUCGUGGUGUUGGGGAUAUGGGAUUACAUAGAGAACAAAGUAGAGGUGUUUGAUGGAGCUGUCAUCGUCCUCUCUCUGGCCCCCAUGGUGGCCUCCACAGUGGCCAACGGCCCCAGCAGCCCCUGGGACGCUAUCGGUCUCAUCAUCACACUGCGCAUCUGGAGGGUCAAGAGGAUCAUUGAUGCCUAUGUGCUGCAAGUGAAGGUGGAGAUGGAGCUGGAGAUCCAGCAGUAUGAGAAGGCAAAGGCGGUGAGGGAGGAACAGCUUGACCGUCUCACUCAGAUCUGCCAGGAACAGGCCUUUGAAAUCAGGCAGCUGAGGGCCCACCUGGCCCAGCAGGACUUGGAUCUGGUAGCAGAGCGUGAAGCAGCCAUGCAGAUCCACCAUAUGUGGGGUAAACAAAGCAGCACUUUCCAGGAGGUGGAUGGACUGGCUCCCGGUGCCUCCGAGCAUCACGGUCCAGCUAAAGCUAGAGAGCCCGGGGGGCCUGCAGAUCACCAUGGCCAAGAUGACAUGAACAACUACAUCAGCCAGUACUACAGUGAGCCAAGCAGUGAUAUGGGGAUCCCUGACCCUGCACGCGUCAUCACCACAGCAGCCAUAGACGUGCACCUGCCUAACAACCCCAGCCAGCUUCCCUCCUCUUUGGUGAGUGCAGACGCAGUGCCGUCCAGCCGUUUGCAGCGCACCGGCAGCUCAGUCAGCGAAGCGUCCACAACCACAGUGUCCCGCACCAGCUUCAGUGCUCGCCAGCACAGCAUCAGCAGCCACACGCUAGGCUCCACCACGGACUGCAGCUCCACGGUGCGAGAGGCCUCCACCUCCACAGACUACAGCGACCAGCGUUGCUACCCUCCACCCUACAGCAGCCCUCUGGCCCUGGGCACUCAGCCGCGAGGGAGUCCCAGCGCUGUGGUGCAGGAGCUGCUCUCCUCUCUGUCCGAGGACUCUUGUCUCACACAGAAGGGCCUGGACCCUGUGAACCUUAAACCGCCCAGCCCGGCAGGCUCCACCAAAACCAGUCCUGAGCUGGAGCACAGGCUCAACAUCUACAACAAGAGGAACCAGGAGAGCAGAGUUGGGCUCCACUCCAAGCCGCUCAUCCAUCUGCAGGGUAAUGAGCCUCUUCUGGAAGAGAAGUACAGGAUGAUGGAGCCAGUAGACGCUCCAGUCAACCGUCUGUCAGAGACAUAAGACUCUGUCUGACAUGUGGAACUUGACAAGACUCGCUCUUCAGAUCAAUCGCAAAAAUUAACGCUUUACUCAACUCCCAUGUUGUCGGGAGUCACUGGCACAUAAACUGUAAGUCUGUCAUCCUCUUUGUAGUGUUGUAGCUGAGAGGAUGAACUUGCCAGAGCAGCACAAAUAGAGCACGGAGGACAGGAGACAGACUUGUUAUCAGGCACCACUUAUCAGGAAUUGACACUCACAAAAACACUGAGUUUUAUGAAAAAUUUUACCAAAAGAAACCAGCAACAGGGCUCAAGCCCAAAGUUUUCAGACAACCGGUCUGUGCAGAAAAUCUGGCUUUUGAUAUGUAAAGUUGUGAUUUGAUUCCUUGGAAAUGAAACCAGUGAGGGGAUGGUGCUGAGGGCUUAGUUCCUCUGAUACACUUUAUAGGAAUUGAAGAUGCUGGACUGAUGAUUUAUUGGAGAGCUAUAAACCGUGAAUCAGUUCCCCCGAGCUACAAGGCAUGGAUUUAUCACAAGAGCAGGUGUGUCAGCUGUUUUGGUAGUCAGUCUAGUGUCUCCAAACUUACCAAGACCAGUCCUCUUUGAUGGACUGCUGCAGGGUACAUUGGAUCAGUCUCAACUUCUUUCUAAUCUUUGUCUUUCUAUAUCAGCAAUGUUAACAUUUUUAUCUAAAUUCUAUAAGUGGAAAGCGUGAGGAAAUCUUUUGACUGGUGGAUGAUUCAAGUGAGUUUUUAUCCAGGUGCCAUGACUGGAAGCUGACCAAACCCAGCUGAGUCAGUGUUUACUGAGAUUUUGAAAACCACAGCAUGUCCCUCAUGCACCAAAAUGAUUAAAAAAAAAAAAAAAAAAAAAAAAAAAAACCUGCAUAUGAUAGAUUUAAUGUCAUUCAGGUCUAAAGUAUUACCUUUUUAUGAUUUUAAUGUUGUGGAAGCUGUGUAAAUAUUUCAGGAUGGGUUUGAUCAUCAUUUCACAGCAUAAAAUGAGGGACUGGCACUGCAAUGAAAUGUUGGAAAGAAAAUUAUAGCAUGAACCUUCAAGAUUUGAAACUUCAAUAUUGCAAACUAACCCUGUUUGUUGUACUAUCAACAGACAUUUUCUAUCUUGAUCAUGGAAAGAGGGCAUU